CGCGAACCAAACUUGGAUGCUCCUUUGACCGGUUGCCGUCGACUGCAAUAAGAUGCUUCCUUUGUCCCUGCUCAAUGCAGCCCAAAAUAAGCCCAUGCUGGUUGAGCUGAAGAACGGCGAGACGUUCAACGGCCAUCUGGUGAACUGCGACAACUUCAUGAACAUCACCCUUCGUGAGGUGUACCAAACGAACCCGGAGGGCGAUAGGUUUUGGAAGCUGAAGGAGUGCUACAUCCGCGGGAGCACAAUAAAGUACCUGCGAGUGCCGGAUACGUUGUUGGAUGCUGUGAAGGAGGAGCAAAAUAAGGCUCGGGAAGCCGGGCGGAGCGCCAGGGGAUCGCAUGUCAGCGGCUCGGGAGGCCGAGGGCGUCCUGCGGUACAGAGAGGACGCGGAGCAAUCCGAGGAGGACCAGGGCGCGGCGGGCGGGGCAGAGGCAGAGGUGCGUAGCCGUCGCAGACGUGACCUCACACUCCAUCAUCUGUAUGUAUAUCCUCAUGUUCUCGACGCUCGCACUAUGCCCCUUGACCUAAGUGCAAAAUCCCAUAACAUGUUGCGUCAGACAGCAGUUCUCUCCGUAUGUCCCCGUACUCUCUACUCAAAACCUAAGUACCAUACCCAUCGUGGCUCCUGGAAAUCUCGAACUCCAACUUCACCUUCCCGUCGCUUUCGUACUUUGGCACCCACAUCCCC